AAUGACCAUGAACAAGAGAGUAUAAAAGCCAGAAGAGUUUCCAGAGUGUGUAUCGAGGUUCUGUUGUUGGUACAGAUUUCCUUAUUAAGGUAGCUGUUGAUUCUACAUUCAAUCACCACAAAGAUGAUGCGAUUGGUAGUUCUUGCUUGUGUCUGCACUGUUUCUUUGGCGGGGAUAUUCCCCUACAAUGUUCCAGAAGGUCAACACGACCCGGCCUACCUGCAGGCUCUACAGCAGCAAGCUCUCCAUUACAUAAACCUACAACAGGUACCGGAUCUCCAGCUUCAUAGAGCUCGUGAGCUUGAAGUAAUUGCCAAGAAUCCUACCGCUUACCACCAUGGUUACUAUCACCCUGGUUACUACUACCCUGGUCAUCACUACGCUGGUUACUACCACCCUGGUCACUAUUACUCCGCUUUACACCACAAUACUGCCCUUCAUAAACAUAAUAUGGACGAACAGAUGGUUCUGAAGGAGCAACAGAAAGUCCUCGAGGCCGAGAAGGCCCUGAUAGAAAGUCAUUAAACCUCACGACCGGUUCUGUCGUUUUUUGAUAUUCAUAUUCGACUUGUUCAUGAUUCUCUUAAAACGUUUCUCCCUUUAACUUCCACCAUCUUGAGAUGCCUUUAUAAACUUACUAACAAUUUCAAGGGAACCUUUUAAGGAUACAAGAACAAAAUUCGCCACUUACUUGUAUUCCAAUAACUUUACAUGCAAAUGUGAAGUGUUUUAAAAUACUGGAUAAUUUACUGCUUGAAAUUAAUAAAAAGUGAACAAACAACGUUGCUACAGUUUUUUUA